GAUGCACUGUUGGGGAUCAGAAUGACAAUAUUCACGUUUCAGGCGAUAAAACCUUUUUCUGUAAAACAUAAACAUCUGUCUCUACCUUUAAAAAAGCAACAAACCAACAAUGAAACAUGUGAAAUGUUUAAAAUGAGCUCACAGCGGAGUUUAUUAGAGGUACGAUGCUGUCUGCUCCCGGUCACAAACACAGCGCGCAGCCAGCAGAGGGGCGGGGCCGCACGCGGACUGUUUCUCAUGAGGAAAUGUUGAUAUUGAGGAGAUCCCCAUGGCAACGAGGCAGCCGCAGGAGCUACUGUAUUUAAAGCAGCUUCAAUGGAGCGGCCGCCAGUCUCAGCCGUCCGAAGUCAAGAUGGUCGCGAGCUUCCUGCAGUUGGUAAAUCACAUCACACUAGCGCCCCGGGCUCGCGGGCAGCUCUAUCUGACUCUCACGCGUGUUUCUGCCACUUUGCAGAUCUCUCUGCUGAUCCUCCACGAGCUCUGCGCCGCCGCCUCCCGGUGUCUCAGCGCCGAGGUGGUGGAGGCCCGCGAGCGAAAGUUUAACGCCAGUCAGAAGCUCAACCUUCAGCCCGACGCCCGCGAGCACCAGAACCGGACCACCUGCGAACAGGCUGCCCAGCAAAUGCACGAGCUCAACGGCCGCGCGCUGUCUCCGUGGCGUUACUACAUAGACCGAAACGACAGCAGGCAACCACGCGACAUCAGCUUUGCCAAGUGCCUUUGUAAGGGAUGCAUCAUCGACGGGCACGAAGUGAACGACUACAACUCUGUGGAGGUUUGGGCUCCGAUGUUGGUCCUCAUAAAGACCGAGUGUAAGGACGCAAACACGUAUCGAGUCCAGAAGAUGCGUAUCGAAGUCCCGGUGGGCUGCACUUGUGUAAGGCCCAAAAUUACUAAGUGAUCUCAGAAACUAGUUUUACUCACACUGAAGGCCAUUUUAUAGCUGUGCAGCACCUUCACUUACACUGUAAGAAUAUUUAUCACAGCUUUCUGCCUGCAUGUGAAAAUGUUUUCUGUAAGUAGGACCUUCUGUCAGCCAGAGGGUAGAUUUCUGUCCUAAAGCUGCCAGUCCACACCACAAUAUCUCAGCAACUAUCCAGGCCCGUUUGGCCUGGAGAGUUAAGAGAAACUAACUGUGAUCGGACAUUCGGGAGUCUUAAUCAUAAACAGGACCAACACUAAACCGCAGACAGACUCAGAGGCUUCACGUCCUCAAAGAGCCUCAGACCUUUCCUAUCGUUUGCUAACAGAACAUUAUUACAGCUGCUGUGCUGCUUUGUGCAAAUACAUAUCGAGCUUAUUUAAUAUAGCACUUUAUCUCCAACUACCUGUAACUUUCCUUCCUCAUUCGGACGUUACUUGCAAGUGAAAACUGGUGGUGAUUUCUUUUUGUUGAACCUCCUAAGACCCUCGCAUUUUGGGUCGUCUUGACCAAAAUACUAAAUUGUGCUGUACAAGGGCCUGAUAUCCACUUCCAAGGACAUUAUACUGCCGCUGUUCUAUCGAAAUUUAAAAUGAAU